ACUCAGUGUUUGUAAGCAUCCAAAGAGAAGAAACAGUAGGCAUGGAGAGCUACAGAACGAUCGACCAUAACAACCGCGAGGACGAAUUACAACCGGUGACUACCGGUAGCAGGUAAACAUGAAAAGCAAAGCUCACUCAUCAACAGUUCACCGAAAUCAACACUAAUAGUACUAUACUAUCUAUCCCCCAUUAUAGCGAUUAGCCAGCACCAGACCAAGCCUAAACAAAAUAAUAAUAAAAAGAUUGCGUCUCUUUCCCAUUUUUCUCCUCAUUGCCGGUCUCUCUGAGUCUGACUCUCUCCAUGCAAUCUUUUUCCGCCAUUAACUCCGAUGAGAGAAUCUCUGAUCGCGUUAUCUGAGUUGAGCAUCCAAGACCUGCAUGGCCAUAGGUUGUUAGAAGUCUCUCGUUUUUCGCGCUUAGAAACUAAUACUGAAGCUAAUAAACCGAUUCCUCGGACUUCACUCUUGUAAUUUCUAACUCUUUUAUUUGAGGUGGAAUUUGGAGUGUCUGAGUUAAACAAAAAAAAAAAAAAGAUCGAAGAAUUGAAAAAUGCUGACGUGUAUAGCUCGAUCAAAGCAACCCGGUGAUGACUCACUGAGUCAACCCGAUGAGUCUGCCACCGGUGAUGCUCCCAAUACCAAACAACAUCAAGCAAUCAAAUCCCUCACUUCUCAGCUUAAAGACAUGGCACUGAAGGCCUCCGGAGCAUACCGGCACUGUAAUCCGUGCACCGGACCAACAACUCAGAGCCGAUUGAGGAAUAACUCAAACGAGUCUGACGCAGAAUCGGAGAGGUUCCGGUGGUCGUUACGGCGGACCGGAAGCUCGAGCUCGACGACGCCAAGGACAUGGGGGAAGGAGAUGGAGGCGAGACUAAAGGGGAUUUCGAGCUCCAGCGGUGAGGGCACGCCUAAUUCGGUAAAUGGUAGUGGGCGUCGGGUCGACCCGCCCGUUGUGUUCGUUGAAGAGAACGAACCGAAGGAGUGGGUGGCCCAGGUCGAGCCCGGUGUUCUGAUAACUUUCGUUUCGCUCCCACGCGGGGGAAAUGAUCUCAAGCGGAUACGCUUCAGUCGAGACAUGUUUAACAAAUGGCAAGCUCAAAGAUGGUGGGCAGAGAACUAUGAUAGAGUCAUGGAGCUUUACAAUGUACAGAGAUUUAAUCGUCAGGCUUUUCCAUUGCCAACACCCCCAAGAUCUGAAGAUGAGAGCUCAAAGAUGGAGUCUGCUGAAGACAGCCCUGUAACACCACCACUGACCAGAGAACGGUUGCCUCGAAAUUUGUAUCGGCCAACAGGGAUGGGAAUGGGCUACUCAUCCUCAGAUUCACUCGAUCAUCAUCCAAUGCAAGUCCGCCAUUACUGUGAUUCAGGUGGUCUCAACUCAACCCCAAAACUAUCUAGUAUUAGUGGGGCCAAGACAGAAACAUCAUCUAUGGAUGCUUCUAUAAGAAGUAGCUCAUCAAGGGAGGCAGAUCGCUCAGGAGAGUUGUCAAUCAGCAAUGCUAGUGAUAUGGAAACUGAAUGGGUCGAACAGGAUGAACCAGGGGUUUACAUCACUAUCAGAGCCUUGCCGGGUGGCAAAAGGGAGCUCAGAAGAGUUAGAUUCAGCCGAGAAAAAUUUGGGGAGAUGCAUGCCAGACUCUGGUGGGAAGAGAAUCGAGCCAGGAUACAUGAACAGUACUUGUAAUUGAACGACAACAAUAGUUGCUGGUGGACUGUCCAGAUUGUGGGGGUGUGUUUAUCUUUUCUUUUUCCUCUUUCUCAAUUUUUUUUUUUUUUAAAAAAAUCUCUACUCAAUACUAGUAGAAUCACUUCCUUAGAGAAUCUGAAUAGGUGCUGCUGGCACCUCUUGAUUUUUUGAGGAACUCCUUGCAUGAUCCUUAAAUUGGAAAAGUUUUUUGAGCAGUGAAGUUUCUCAACUUCAUAGAAUUUAUGAGCAUAUAAUAUACUCUUUUCAGAUUGGGAUCGUGCACUUAGUUAAUCUAUUAUAUUUUAACCA